AUGGCGUACGUGAACGUGACGAUGCGACGGAAGAAGGACUCCUCGUUCGAUGCCGUCCCUGAGCUCUCCCACGCGCGCGACAUCCGCACGCUCGUCUCCCUCGCGUGCCUCCUCUCCCCAUCGCCCACCCCCGUAUCUGCGGUCUCCAAGCUCGGCCCCUCGCUCGAGACCCCAGACCGCCGGGUCACCGCUUUCCUCCGCCGCUUCCCCGCCGCCUUCGUAGAGUCCGUGGGGCAGCACAACAUCCCCUGGUUCCGGCUCUCUGAUGCCGCCGCCCGACUCCUGCGGGAGGAGCGGGACGUCUUCGCCGCCCGCCGUGCCGAUGUCUGUGGCUGCCUGCGCCGCGUCGUCCUGAUGAGCCCGCGACGCCGCCUCCCGCUCCGUGUCGCUCAGGGCAUGCUCUGGCAUCUUGGCAUCCCUGAGGACUACUUUAAGGACCUUGACCACGACAUUGCACAGGAUGGAUUCAAGAUUGUAAUUUCAGGAGACGGUGACGAUUGGAGGGAAUUGGGGCUAAUCGACGAUGCAAAGGAUGAAGAAAUGCCUCUGUCAGUUCUCCAGCUGAAUGCUAUGAGGAAGUUGGGGUCAGUGGAAGAGGUGUCUGUCCCGCUCUUCCCGUCAAAGGGUCUUCGGUUGAAGCAAAAGAUUAAGGACUGGUUGGAACGGUUCCAGAGGCUCCCUUAUGUAUCUCCAUAUGAGGAUUUCAGCCACAUCAAUCAGGGUAGUGAUGUUUCAGAGAAGCGGGCAGUCGGGGCCGCGGGCUUCCUGCACGGCAACCGCUGCGCCUUCCAGCUUGCCGCCGCUGCCCCCGCUAUGCUUCGUUUUGCCACCGUUGCAGUGGGCCCCAAAUUUGAUUUUUGA